AUGGCAGUGGCUGAAUCCAACGAUGCCGAAGUUAUCCGCCAGAGGAUAAUGCUUAAUGGAUUUGAAGGGUACCUACAGCGGCUCCACCCCCAAAGUUCGUUUUCCAAUUUCAUAAAUUCGCUUUUGUCGCAGCCCAAAGUUCGCUUCUUGAUUGAUGUUAAUGCUUUGCGUUGCAAAGAUUGCAAUGUUGACUUUAAGACUCAUUCAGAGUUAAACAAUCAUAAUUACGGCACUCAUGUGGAUAAAACAAAAGUCUUUAUUGGUAAUGACACCAUUAUGGAAGUUAGCAAGGUUGAUGGCAAAUUUAAUUGUCCUGAAUGCUCAAGCAAGCUCAGUACUCCUACCACAUUUAGCGCCCAUCUUAAAAAAAAGCAUAACGGCCACUGCGAAGCCAUUUCAAACAAAACAAAGCGACGAAGCCUCGAAGAUAAUAACAACGAUAAUUCUACAACCAUAUCAUUGAAACAUCGAAAGUUACAAAGCCUGAAUCUAAAUUUAGAUGAAAUUGAUUCAUCUCGAUCUCCAAAAGCUCUUGAUAAAAACACUGCUAUAUUGUUGGCAUCUGGUACAUCUUUAGGGUCAACUCGUGAAAAAGAGAAUUCUAUAAUGUUGGCAAGAAUUGGAAAUUUGGAACCAAUAUCCAUAGUGGGUGGAAGUGGUAAAACUUAUCAUUUUCUAAAAUCGUCAGACAGCAUAAGUGAUGUGCUAACCGAUCAACCUUCUGGUUCUUGGACCCUUCCAGCAGCCGAUACAACAGUCAUACAAAACUCUUCAUCCUCAAGCGUUGACAGCCUUCUGGAUCAUAUUAUAAAUACAAGUCCACUCUAUAACCACUUAUUUGAUCAAAAAUACGUGGAGCUUACAAUGGAAGUUACAGAGUUAAUAAACCAGGAUUGGACUUUCUUUCCUCAGCUUAGGUAUGUCACCUCGCAAAUUUUUGCUGGGGCAAUCCUAGUGAAUAAGACAUCAGCAUUACUCUUGAAUUGCAUAGAAUCAUAUGGAAGAUCGAAGACCGUUGAUGCACACCAUGAGCGCAGAAUUGGAACUGCAAUGAAUACAUCCUCUUUUCCCAAAAAACAACCAAAUUACGGAUGGAUUAAUAUUAUUACCACUCACGAAGACGGAGCAACCAAACUAAAAAUUGGCACAACGGUCAGUAAUCUGUUGGUGACCUCAAGUAUACGCAUAGACAAAAACUCAAUAACAAAGAAUAUUGUGGAACUAGGACCAACCACCAGUAAUUUCACUGCAACACACGAUACAAAAAUUUAUCUCAAUAUGGAAUCAUUAAGAUUAGGAAAAGUGUUAGCGAAGGAUGACUCAACAACCAGUAUUGAUGUAGGAAAUUACUUCUAUCAACUUAGACAACUCAGAUCAAAAUUUCAUUGUUUAUCCACAUAUACUUUAUGUCGUUCAUCCAGUACAUUUGCAUAUGAUAUUUCCUACAGACCUUACACGAUUUGGACCCUAUGCGACUAUGAUUCUUCCCAACAAACAGACUCACAAUCUCAAUUGCUAUCUCAACUGUUUCAAACAAUCGCCACUUCAGUUAUCAACAAUGGCAUAUUGGCCCAAAUCAAACUAGAUGUUCUAAAUGAUCUAUGUAGCAAAUUGAAAAAUGGAGCAAUAAAAUAUACCAUCCGUGAAUUUAUUGAUCAACAAGAGAAAUCAUUUGCAGUCAUCAACAAUAUGAAACUGAACCAAUUACUCACAAUUUUAGCUGAUUCGAUGACUACAUCUAUUAAAAAUGCCAACGCAGUGGUGAACAGUAAUUUUACAACACUUCAGCGUAAAUAA